GCUUCUCUCUGUCCCAGAGCGGAGAGCAGGGAGAGUGUUCAGCCACAGUGGAAAGGCAAGAGCAGGUGAUGGCUACAGCUUCCACACUAGAGCGGAAUCAAGAUCCCAGGUGGAACCGGUGGCUGAAGUCAGGCAGGGCGCCCCAGCCGGCUCCGAGGGAACUAGGCCCCUUAGGAAUGUAAUCGAAGAUGCUGGCCCUGAGGCUGCUCAACGUGGUGGCCCCCGCCUAUUUCCUGUGCAUCUCCCUGGUGACCUUCGUGCUGCAGCUCUUCCUCUUCCUGCCCAGCAUGCGCGAGGACCCCGCCGCCGCCCCCCUCUUCUCGCCCGCGCUGCUCCACGGGGCACUCUUCCUGUUCCUCUCAACCAACGCCCUGGGCAAUUACGUCCUGGUCAUCCAGAACUCCCCCGACGACCUGGACGCCGGCCAGGGGACCUCCUCCAGGAGGGCUCCGUGCCCCCCGCCCAGCACCCACUUCUGCCGAGUGUGCGCCAGAGUCACCCUGAGGCACGACCACCACUGUUUCUUCACCGGCAACUGCAUUGGCAGCAGGAACAUGCGCAACUUCGUCCUGUUCUGCCUCUACACCUCCCUGGCCUGCCUCUACUCCAUGGUGGCGGGCGUGGCCUACAUCUCCGCAGUCCUUUCCAUCUCCUUCGCCCACCCCCUGGCCUUCCUCACGCUCCUUCCCACCUCCAUCAGCCAGUUCUUCUCUGGAGCUGUCCUCGGUUCUGAAAUGUUCGUCAUCCUCAUGCUCUACCUCUGGUUCGCCAUCGGCCUGGCCUGCGCCGGCUUCUGCUGCCACCAGCUGCUGUUGAUCCUGCGGGGUCAGACCCGCCACCAGGUGCGGAAGGGGGUAGCCGUGAGGGCCCGGCCGUGGCGCAAGAACUUACAGGAGGUGUUCGGGAAGAGGUGGCUGCUGGGUCUGCUGGUCCCCAUGUUCAAUGUGGGCAGUGAGAGCUCCAAGCAGCGGGACAAGUAGCGGGCACUCCCAGCAUUUCUCUUUCUGUGUCUUGACUCCUCCUGAGCAUACGACCAUGGUACCCUUGUCUCCACCCAUGACCCACUACAACCUAUGGCUGGGGAUGUCCUAACAUCCACCCCCCACUGGGCCACAUAGAGAAAAACGUUGGCUGGUGGAUCGCGACAAGGAGGAAAAUGAGGUCCCCAGCCAUUUUUGCCCUCCCCACAGGCCAGCCAGGUGGCUGUCAGGAGGCCGCUGCUCUGGUUUCUUUUCCUCGGGUCGGUCCCUGCCUUGCCCUUCGGCCAGCCUAUCGGCCCCCUACCAUGCCCCCUGGCAUCACUGCCAUGGGCUAGAGCUCCUCCUCUCAGCCCCAUGUUGGGAGUGCGGAGUGAAUCCUUGCUGCUAGGAGCCUGCUCCCUGGGACCUGGAGGCUGGCAAAGAUGUUUAAAAUUACAAAAUGUUUAAAAUGACCAAGUCUGCUGUGCCAACUGCCAGGAAGGUUGGGAAGGUGGGGGGAGUGUCCUUGUCCCCUCU